AUGUGUGGAAUCUUUGGAUACUGCAGCUACUUGAAGGAAAAGAGCCGCAAGGAGGUUCUUGAGGUCCUCGCAGCUGGUCUCGCCCGCCAGGAAUACCGUGGAUACGACUCCGCUGGUCUCUGUAUCGACAGUGACAAGGCUGGAGAUGUCAUCUACUUCAAGGAAGUCGGCAAGGUCGCCGGUCUCCGCAAGAAAAUCGCUGCCUCCGACACGAACAUGAACAAGACCUUCAUUUCUCAAGUCUCUAUUGCCCACACUCGAUGGGCCACCCACGGUAUCCCCUCUGAGAGAAACUGCCACCCUGUCCGCUCAGAUCCCAACUCUGAUUUCGUCGUUGUGCACAACGGCAUCGUUACCAACAGCGCUGAGCUGCGCCUUGUUCUGCAAAAGCGUGGCUACAAAUUCGAAACCGAGACCGACACCGAGGCAGUCGCCAUUCUCACUAAAUACGUUUACGAUUCGCACAGCGACAAGGAACUGACCUUCACUGGUCUGAUCAAGGCUGUCUUGAAGGAAUUGGAGGGUUCCUUUGCCUUCGUCUUCAAGUCGCGUCACUACCCCAAUGAGGUGGUAACUGCUCGCCGCGGUUCCCCCCUCUUGAUCGGUGUUAAGACCGACAAGAAACUGAAGGUCGAUUUCGUUGAUGUUGAAUUCGCUGGUCAAGACAAGAGUGAGAACAUUGAAUCAAUGCAAACCAACUCUCUCCUCGCCGUACCUCAUGCCAACCCCAAGGUUUUGCGCACUCAGAGUCGCGCAUUCAUGUCCGAGGAUGGUCUCCCUCAACCCAUCGAAUUCUUCAUCGCCUCCGACGCUGCUGCCAUUGUCGAGCACACCAAGCGCGUCCUCUACCUCGAAGAUGAUGACAUUGCCCACAUUGCCGAGGGUGAACUCCACAUCCACCGCAUGAGGCGCAAGGAGGAUGGCGACCAGACCCCUAGCCAAAUCGCCGCUACCCGUACCAUCGAGACCCUCGAGCUCGAGAUCGCUGCUAUUAUGAAAGGCAAAUUCGACACCUUCAUGCAGAAGGAGAUCUAUGAACAGCCCGAGUCCGUGGUCAACACAAUGCGUGGUCGUGUCAACUUUGAUGCCAACAAGAUCACCCUCGGUGGACUCCGCGCAUAUCUGCCCAUCAUGCGCCGCUGCAGGCGUAUGGUGUUCAUUGCGUGCGGAACGAGUUAUCACUCGUGCUUGGCCACCCGCGCUAUCUUCGAGGAGCUUACCGAAAUCCCGGUCAGCGUUGAGCUUGCAAGUGACUUUUUGGACCGCAAGACUCCCAUUUUCAGGGACGAUGUCGUGGUGUUCCUGAGCCAGAGCGGAGAGACUGCGGAUACUAUCCUUGCGUUGAGAUACUGCGUUGACAGGGGUGCCCUGUGCGUUGGUGUCGUUAACACUGUCGGCUCGACUUUGUCUCGUGAGACCCACUGUGGUGUCCACAUCAACGCUGGACCUGAAGUCGGUGUUGCUUCUACCAAGGCCUACACUUCUCAAUACGUCGCCCUCUUGAUGAUCGCUCUCCAACUCUCUGAGGAUCGCAUCUCCUUCACUGAGCGCAGGAACCAGAUCAUUGACGGACUCCACGCUCUUCCUGGUCAGAUCAAGAAGGUCCUUGAGCUUGACGGCGCAUUGCAGCAGCUCGCUGCCACUGUUGCCCAGAACAAGAGUCUCUUGCUCAUGGGCAGAGGGUAUCAAUAUGCUACCUGCCUCGAGGGUGCCCUGAAGAUCAAGGAAAUCAGCUACAUGCACUCGGAAGGUAUCCUUGCCGGCGAGCUGAAACACGGUCCCCUCGCCCUCGUUGACGAAAACAUGCCCGUGAUCAUCAUCAUGACACAAGACUCGCUUUACCCCAAGGUACAAUCGGCGUUUGCCCAGAUCACAGCACGCAAGGCCCAACCCAUUGUGCUGUGCAACGAGGGUGACGAGGGUAUUGCUGCCGGUGUGAAGACUAUCCGGGUGCCCAAGACCGUGGAUUGCUUGCAGGGCCUUUUGAACAUCAUCCCGCUCCAGAUUCUGAGCUACCAUUUGGCGGUCAAGAAUGGAUGCGAUGUUGAUUUCCCUCGUAACUUGGCAAAAUCUGUGACUGUCGAGUAA